UUCGGUGUAUAAAAACCCCCCGAUGCCAACUGACUGACAACAUUCUAAGAUCACUCGACAACAGCUCAACAUGGCCUACAAGUUUACCUGCUCGCUGCUCCUGCUCGCCGUCGUUGCCUCAGUGGCCCUGGCGGAGCCGGCCAGAUUCCGCGGCCGCUCAUCCCGCUUCCAGCUGGCUCGCCAGGAAGAGGCACCGCAGGACCCAGCGGCACCUAGUGCGGAUCCCUCUCUUGAUGUGGCCCCCACUCCAGCCUCGGCGCCCUAUCCACCAGCGGGUGUUACUCCCGAGGUUCCCUUUGACCUGCCCACGGAGACAGAGGCCCAGCCAGAUCUGACAUAUGGCCCACCCGCCGAGCCGGACAACACGUACGGACCCCCUGCCGAGCCGGACAACACCUACGGACCACCCGCCGAGCCGGACAACACCUAUGGACCACCUGCUGAUGCUGCUCCAGCGGAUCAGGCCGCAGUGGAUGAUGCCUUAGCUGCCGAGCCCAUUCCCGCCAGUCUGAUCCAGCCACGCAACAGCCGCCUCCGCAGUCGCCGUCCUGUGCCGGAGAAGCUCCGCUCCGCACAGAUCGUACGCUCCAGGCCUGUUCUGGUGUACACCAUCUGAGUCGUGGAGUAUUUUUUUUUCAAGGACUUUUUUUUAUCCGAAUCGUACCCAAUGGAAGCA